AGCUGGCUUCAUGCUCAUCCGGACGUAGUUACUUAUCUCAUAAUAGAACACAUAAUGCUUUCUUUAUUAUUAUAAAUGAUCUAAAUUAAAAUGUCUGUCCUUUCGGGAUCCAUAAUCGUGUCGGACUGGCACCGCUUCCCAGACAGCAAAGAGUUUUUCGGUAGAAUAUUGCAUAAGAAGAGGCGUCGAAAGUUUGGUCUCUUGGAAGCGCCGAUGAUGCCCCCUAAUAUGAAUGUGGACACCGUUCGCUAUAAGGUCUUUAUCUCGGGUAAAACUGGUGUCGGGAAGAGCUCUCUUGCUGCCCGUCUUGCUGGCCUUGAUCUUCCAAAGGUGCACUACGAGACAACAGGUGCAGUAACACCAAGCUCAUUUAAAGGCAUAGACACAACAGUGGUUUUCUGGCCUGUAAGGCUGAAGGAAAGUGGCCGUGUACUUUUUUUCCGCUUUGAGUUUUGGGACUGUGGGGAAAGUGCUAUGCGAAGAUUUGACCACAUGUUACCGUCCUGUAAGGAACAGGUGGAUGCUAUCCUUUUCCUGUUCUCCUUCACUGACCGUGGCUCCUUUGAGGAUCUUUCGAAUCAAAUAUCACGGAUCACAGAACCUUCAGAUCGAUUGGUUAAGUUAGUGGUUGGCACCAAAUUUGACUUGUUUAUGCACACAGAUGUGACGGAGAGUGACGUAACACAGUUUCAAGAGGUGUGGGGUCUUUCUGUGUUUCGUGUGGGAGGUGAUGUGAGCGCAGGGCUCGGUGAGGUAGCACCCCUCCUAAAUGCCCUUGCAGAAAACCUGUGGUAUCAGGACUGUAUUGCUGCUUCAUCUGUCUCCAUCUCCCCACAGACUGACCUCAGAGAAACUGACUCAGAAAUCAUUGUAUAGUCUUAUCUCAGACAUGUUUUCAUUGUUCAACAUCACAAAAAAUGCUCGUUAUAAGGCAACAGUCAUUUUUUCGGAGCUCUAUCAUGUGUCUCCUCUUAAUGUUUUCCUACAUAGUAGGCUACUGUAACUAUCACACAAACACUGUUUGCUCCAGGACAUAGGCAUUUCUAAGCCUUAAUGGACCCUUUUCACAUAUCCGGGUUUGCAGUGUGGAAGUAGAAUCAUAGCAGGGUAAACUUGAAUGGUGGUGAAUGAGAGACCACAGCAAAAUAUCAAUGAUUGCGCUUUCACAAUUUUUCAAAACAAAAUAAAGAGUACUGGAUAACUGCAGUAAGUAGAGAGAAACAGGCAAAAUGUUCUGUCUCUCCCUCAGCAGCUGUGUUAGAUGCCUCAUCGCAGCUGUGGUAACUCGAUUUUUAAAGCAUAUUCCAGGGUAAUAUACUAAGUAAAAUGUUAUACUAAAUAUUUUUUUAAAUUGGAAAUUUAAAAAAGUUGCAAUGCGUCAUAACACAUCUGUGAAUUCCAUUUAUUAUAUGUGCUAAUAUGGAAAUAUAAUUGUAUGUCAUCAUAAUUAUUGGUUUUGAAAUGGCUGUAGUUUUACUAGUCAUGUCAUUUGUGUCAGACAAGCACAAAUAUCUGUUAGGAUAAUCAUCUUUAAAAUGUUGAGUGAAAAUGCCAUGGAAAGGCUUUAUAACCUUUGAAGCAAACAUGCAGAAUGCAUAGAUUCAUAAACUUGAUUCAUAAUGAAGAUUUUUUAAUAGGAUUAUGCAGGAACAGUCAUAAUGUAACUCCAUAAUUAAAUUAAUUGAAUUAUCUUAAUUAUAUGUUGAAAGCAUAAACAUUGUUAUAAUUUUGUUUGUGAUAUUGCACAUAUUUGCACUUAAUAGAACUGAAUGUGAAAAAAAUAUUAAAGUUCCCUUAAAACUUUUGGAAAACAAAUGUCCUUGUGUGUGCAUUAGGUCUUAACUUCUUUGCU